AUGGCAAAUAAAUUCACCACUGCUCACGCGGGAGCGAAAAAGGCAGAGGCCAAGGUAAAUGAUAUCUUCGCCAUAAGGCAGACGACAGAUGAAGGGCUUCGGGAUUUCCUAGCCCAUUUCAACAGGGUAAGAAUGAGCCUACCAAAUGUAUCAGAAGGGAUGGCGGUAGCAGCCUUCCAAAAUGAGUUAAAUAGAAACGGGUCAAAAGCAACCAAGAAGUUGCUAAACGAAGAUGACCUAAAUGGUCUGAUCCAACGGCUAACAUCGGUCCAAACCGAAACGAGGAGAGAUCGCCGCAAUGAUGGUCGAAGGGACCAACUAUCUCGUUUCAAUCGUGAAAGGCAUCAGCCCUACAUUCGAACAUCUAUCCCACCUCCUCUGCGACAUGCAGAUGCCACGCCUCGACAUACCGCGACACAUCAAAAUGAAAGAGAAAUAGUGUAUGCACUACAAAAGCUUGGCACAAAGGUGCAGUGGCCGCAAAAGAUGAAGUCAGACCCGAGCACCCGGAUAUCAAACGGAUAUCUGAAAGAACUGCUGAGCGAUCGAGGAUGGGUUAACCUCACUCGUGGAUGCGAUCAACCUCAAGGACCCCCAAAACCACCUUCACCACCUCGUACCAUACAAAUGAUCAUUGGCGGCGGCGAUGAUAUAGUAAUCAACCAUGUGAAAUUCACCACCACACACAAACUCAAGCAGACAGUCGCUGACGAACGGUACGACGACCUUGAAGAUAGUAUCAUCUUUGAUAAGUUAGAUACUAACAAUUUGUCUUUUCCUCACUAUGAUGCUUUGGUUAUAACUUUAUGUAUCGCGGAUACCGAUGUAAAAAGAAUAAUGGUGGAUGAUGGAAGUGGCACGUGUAUUAUUCAUCCACGAGUCCUCAUAUAG